UUGAAAGCAGAAAAAUUUUCGGUUUUUUCGCUUUAUUUUCUUUCGUUACGAUUUCUUUAUUUCCCUUUUUAACGGUUCUGUUUCAUUUGCGAUUUUCGAUAUUUAUUGAUUUUUUUCGGUUAAUUUUAUAUUAUUUUAUAAAGUUUUUUUUUUGUUGUAAAUAAAGUUUAAUUAAAUUGUAUGAUUUUUGUUUGAAAAUUUUGUUAAAAAACUAUGAUGCCCAUGGCGCCAACUGUUUAAAACAACACCCUUAACGUUUUAAACUAUUAUGGAUUUAGCCGAUCAAAUCGAUGAUUAUAUUUGUACAUUUGAAGGUCUCGGUGAUAUAACAAUGGAUUCAUUAGCAAUGUUUAUAUUUAUAUGGGCCGUAUUGGCUCUCUUCUUAGUAUGGCUGUGUAAAUUUUUAUACCAAAAAUAUGUGCUGAAAGAUAAACCUGCUAGUGCCGCCAGUAGUCGGCAGGGUAGUGUUGCCCCGGGUGGUAUUAAAACUGAAAAACGUCUCUCGGAACCGCGUGAAAUAUUGUCAAGUAAAAGUGAAAUAAAAGAUUUAUUAGCAAAACCGGCGGGUGGUAGUGGUCGUGGACGACCACCGGUACCUGGAGCUGCUGCCGGUGGACCGGGUGUGCGCAGACGUAUGGUGAGACAGGGUUCGACAGGACCGGAAAAUCGUAAAAAACGUUAUGUGCCACCGCCCUCAAAUGUUGUUGGACCAGAAACGACUUCCGUCACUUGGACUAGCCAAGUUUUUCGUUGGCUCUAUAGUGACUUGGUGAUUGUUAACGAAUUAUUAAUGUCUUGGGUUAUCGCACUUAACGAUACUUUGCAUAAAAACGAAGAAGAGGGACUUGCAGUAGAAAUCGUACGUGUAUUACCCGACAGUCCGCCACCUGGUUUAAGUAACAUUUUCUGUAAUGCCGAUGAAGCCAAUCCAGCUGAUAUGCUUAUUACUUUCGAUUGUGACGCCAUGCCGGUAUUGCAAGUUAAAACCUUCCGACAGAAAUCAGGAAAAGUUGAGACUUCCCAUUAUAAGGUAACCGUUUCUAGAUUCCGAGCACGCAUAGCUAAUGCCAUGAACUACAAUACCUUAAAGGGUGAUAUGAGAGUAGAAGGUUUUCCAGAUAUACGCAUAGCCAUGAACAGUGUGGGCGCUAUUAAGCCCAUGGAUCAGGAUGAACAACAAUUCCAGGCCCAAGUUUCGGAAAUUUUAACUAGAGCUUUACGUGAUACCAUUUAUCCUGUAGAUUUCUCUAUGUAUACCACUUGUCCUCGUGCCGAUAUUGAACCCAUGGAUUUGCCUAAUCAAAUGGACUUAGGCAUGCAGCAGGGCGGAGGUUUACAGCCCAUGAUCUCGGGCCGACGCUUGUUGGUGAAAAUUGUCAAAGGUGAAGCACUCAAAGAUGCCAAAGAUCCCUUUGUGGUGGUCGAAAUGGAUGAGCCAGCACAAAAGAAUCAAACCGGAGCCAGACAGGGCAAUAAUCCCUAUUGGGAUGAACAUUUCUUAUUCGACUUGGCACCCCAAUCUGCUGAAAUCCUCUUUGAAGUCUACGAUCGUCCCGCCGAUCCUUCCGAUCCACCCAAGUUUUUGGGUCUAGGUUUGGUAGGCAUCGAUGAAUUGGCUGUGGGUCCUGCCUCGACUCAAGUCCUUGCAUUGCAACCGCGUCCCUAUGAAACACAACCCGUUCACGGUUCCAUUACCGUGGAUUUUGUGUUUAUUGAGGGCGCCGAAAUACCUGCCGGUCCUAGACCGUAUAAACUUAAGGAAGCUUUGCAUAUAAGUACCCCAGCUAUUAAUGAACACAUGAAGAAUGGUUCGAAUUUGGCUGAUGCUGCCGUACGUGCCUUACAGGAGGGUGCCUUAAAUACAAAUGGCCAACCCAGUAAGAGUACACUGAUUAUACACAGUGUUCAGAGGAACUCAACAAAUCCCAAUGCAUUUAAGGUUGAAGUAAAUAAAGAUGGUCAAAUCGAAGUUAAAGAAUCUCAAGAUGUUUUAAAUGCCGCCGUAACAAAAGCUUUAGAAAGUUCCGUAGUAGCGCAAACACCGGAAACUUUAGCUGUAGAGCCUAAUAGCGAAGAUUUAGAACAAAUCGUAGCGGAUACAUCAGUGACUACAGAUAUAACAGCGAGUCUAACUGAUUCGUAUCCGAAAAAUGAGUGCCUCAUAACUGAAACACCGUCCCCAGACAACACAGGUAACGAUAGUGCUUUGGGAGAAUCCACCUCCGAGUUUGGUCAACCGAAUGCUGCCUCCUCACCCAAUGGCCACAAUAAUAAUUAUAAUGCCAAUGGUGCCUCUGCCGGUUAUUCUAAUGGUCAUAAUGCCGCCUCCUCCUAUUCAAAUGCCUUCUCCAAAAACGGUAGCUUACCUCGCAAUGGCAUGUCACCCGACAACAGUUAUAAUCUACAGGACUCCGAGGACUUGUCAUCAUCAGCUGCAGCUGCUAGUGGUUUCGAUGAUCGUGGCCGCAGUAAAAAACGUAAUUUCUUUGGUACACUGAAAAAGCGUUUAAGCCGUUCCAAGACACGCACCCAUUCAGCUGAUCGUGGCGCUUUAACGUCACAACAAAAUAAUAAUCUUACAACCCCUACAGGAACACUUAACGGACCUCGCAUGGGCAUUUCACCCCCAUUAGAUCACUCAAGACGCUCUUCAAUUUCAGAGUCCUCAGCAAUCUCAGGUUUUUCCUCAGCCAGCACAAAAACUUAUGUGCAUGAAGCAUCAACACUGGUGCUGGAAACUAUCGAAAAUGGUAUUAAGAGACACUUUAUUGUUCCUCUGAAUAUUGCACACGUCCCAGAUGGCGUCGUAAAGGCACAAAAAUUACACAUUUACAAUGAUCAUACCUUUAUUGCCAAGCAUUUAAGCGGAAGCGGCUUGCAAUGUUCUAUAUGUAUGAAAUCAAUACCUCGACGACCCGGUAAACAGGGUUAUGGUCGUGACUGUCAUUUAAUUUGUCACAAACAAUGUCAUGUCCGUGCACCACAAGCAUGUCCCAAUCCAACUGUACUCUCUAUGGAAUUAACAAAACUUAAUUCAGCAGCAGCAGAUAGAAGCAUUAGAAAAUUAUGAACAAAUUAAAAUAAACAAAUUAUUUAAAUAUAAUUAAUAAAAAUAAUUUUAAUAUAAAAACUAACGAAUAAAUGAAAAAAAAAAAAAAACAAUAAAAGUU